CGUCCCUCUUCUUGGUUUCCAGUUUCAGUUAAAUAUGGCUGCAACUCUUUCUGCCGGUUGUUUCACUAGGUUUGCGAUCAAAAAAUACCUCCUGUUGUCAGGCCAUGCAAGACGCUGCAUUUCUAUGUCCUCUUUGCUGGCAGCUCGAACACACAUCAGCUACGAGCUCAAGGACGAUGUUGCAGUUAUCCGUCUCAAUGAUCCAGCAUCCAAGGUGAACACACUUUCUGUGCAGAUGCAGUCUGAGCUGACAGAAGUGAUGAGUGAGAUCUGGUCAAACGGAGCUGUGAAAAGUGCCGUCCUUAUAUCCAGCAAGCCUGGUUGCUUUAUUGCUGGGGCAGAUAUUAAUAUGAUACAGGCCUGUAAGAGCAGCGAUGAGGUUACCCGUCUCUCUCAGGAAGGUCAGAAGAUGUUUGAAAAGAUUGAGAAGUCUCCCAUCCCUAUUGUUGCUGCCAUUAAUGGCUCAUGUUUGGGAGGAGGCCUUGAGUUUGCCAUAUCUUGCCAGUAUCGAAUUGCCACGAAAAGUCGGAAGACAAUAUUGGGCACACCAGAGGUCAUGCUUGGACUCCUUCCUGGAGCGGGUGGCACCCAGAGACUACCCCAAAUGGUGGGUCUACCUGGAGCGUUUGACAUGAUGCUGACAGGCAGAAACAUCCGUGCUGAUAAAGCAAAGAAAAUGGGCCUAGUGCAUCAGCUUGUGGACCCGCUGGGUCCUGGGUUGAAGCCAGCAGAAGAAAGAACCAUUGACUAUUUGGAGGAAGUGGCAGUAAAUGUUGCUAAAGGCAUUGCUAAUGGGACGGCGUCUCUCUCAAAGAAGAAAAGUGUCAUGCAAAAGCUGCAGGAAAGAGUGAUGAGUCUUGGCCCAGUGAAGAAAAAGAUCUACAAGACUGUCAGUGAGAAAGUUCAGAAACAAACUAAAGGACUGUACCCCGCUCCUGUCAAAAUCAUUGAGACGAUCAAGACUGGAGUGGAACUGGGAAGAGAAGCAGGUUAUCUGACUGAAGCUGAAAACUUUGGUAAACUGGCUUUGACGCCAGAGUCCAAAGCCUUGAUUGGCCUCUACCAUGGUCAAGUGACUUGUAAGAAGAACCGAUUUGGCACCCCUAAAAAGGAAGUCAAGAAUCUGGCAAUCCUGGGUGCAGGACUAAUGGGUGCAGGUAUAGCUCAAGUAUCAAUAGACAAAGGCAUCAGAACAAUACUGAAAGACACCACAGUUGAGGGUAUCAGCAGAGGAGAAGAACAGGUCUACAAUGGUCUGAACAUGAAGGUGAAGAAGAAAACACUGUCUUCAUUUGAGCGCGACGUCACGCUGUCCAACCUCUCAACCCAGCUCGAUUUAACGGGCUUCUCAUCUGCCGACAUGGUGAUCGAGGCCGUGUUUGAGGAUAUUAGCGUGAAACACAAAGUUCUUAAGGAAAUGGAGGCAGUGAUUCCUCCUCACUGCGUGUUUGCCUCCAACACUUCCGCACUGCCCAUUAAAGAUAUAGCUGCUGCAAGCAAACGGCCUGAAUUGGUGAUUGGAAUGCACUACUUCUCACCAGUGGAUAAGAUGCAGCUGCUUGAGAUCAUCACCACUGAUAAAACAUCCAAGGACACUCUGGCUUCAGCUGUGAGUGUGGGGCUCAAACAGGGCAAGAUCGUCAUUGUUGUCGGGGAUGGUCCUGGUUUUUACACCACUCGCUGCUUGGCUCCCAUGUUGGCAGAAGCUGUCAGGGUGCUUCAGGAAGGUGUAGGUCCAAAGAAGCUUGACAACUUGACAACAAGCUUUGGCUUCCCUGUCGGCGCGGCAACUCUGGCAGAUGAAGUCGGUAUUGAUGUGGCUGCUCAUGUGGCCGAGGAUCUGGGCAAAGCUUUUGGUUCUCGGUUUGGAGGUGGAAAUGUGGAUGUUCUUAAGACCAUGGUGGAGAAAGGCUUCAAAGGUCGUAAAUCGGGAAAAGGCUGUUUCAUCUAUGGCAAAGGGAAGAAGGAGAAGAGUGUAAAUCCCGAAGCUGAAGCAAUUCUCAAGAAAUACAAACUGUCUGCUGCUCCAUCAGUAUCAUCAGACUCUGACAUCCAGUACCGGCUAGUGUCUCGCUUCGUGAACGAGGCCGUGUUGUGUCUCCAGGAGGGGAUACUGACAAAUCCAGUAGAGGGAGACAUUGGAGCUGUGUUUGGACUUGGCUUUCCUCCCUGCCUGGGUGGUCCAUUCAGGUUUGUGGACUCAUUCGGCGCUGAUCGUCUUGUAAGCAACAUGAGACGUUUUGAAGAAGUGUAUGGAAACCAGUUCACACCAUGCCAGCUCUUACUGGACCAUGCUGGAGACUCCAGCAAGAAAUUUCACAAUUGAUUCAGCCAAGUAUUCUGAAAUGUGGGUAAGCGUCAAUAUUCUAAAAAAACAAUCAUCUCAUAGACUGAAUACACUUGUCUGGUGUCAGGAAUUAAGUGAGGGGAGCAUAAAUUCAUUCAUCAGUUUUAACCACCACCACCACCCCCUUUUUUAUUUAUUUAUUCAUUUAUAAAACAUCACUUUUUGGAAAAGGUUCUCAAUUCUACUUUGAACAGUUUUUGGGUGGUGUUCUAUUAUGUGUUCAUCCCAUUUAGUCAGCUUUUAAUCAUUUCAUACAUGACAAUUAAUGUAUUCAAUUGACUACAGAUUUGUAUUACAUUUGACUACACUGUGAUUUCAGCUUGUUCAAGUGAGUGACAGCUACUAACUCAAAAGUUCUAUCUAUUCCUAAUGUGACUGAACUGGGACUUAUUCAGGGUUUGGAAAAAUUGAGGAAGUUCACUCAAAACUAACAAACAUGUAUUAAAAAAAACAACAACAUUUUGUUCAAUACUUCAUUACAUUAUUUUCUGAUGAAAUGAAAUUUAAAUAUGACCAUAUAGUAAAAUCAAGCAUGAUUUAAUUUAUUAUUUAUGCAUGGCAUUUCAAAGUGAUCUGAGGUACAUUUUAGAAACUAUAUUUUUGAGGCAGUCAACAUUUACAUGUCUAUAAACAGAACAACAGUUUGUGUUAUUCAAAAGGGAAUGUUAAAAAAAAUUGACUCCUAUAGUAUAAACAAAAAUGUCACCCAUCACAUAAUGUUGCGAAUGUACUGAUUUACUGAUUGCAGAUGGCUUCUAAUUAUCUUACGCCACACAGUUAUUGGCCGCAGAUUUUUUUUUUUAAGGCAUCUGUUUAUCUGAAAAAGGCUGAAAAUUACUUUUGGCCAUAUAAGUGGCAUCAUAUUCCUCAUCUGUAGUCAAGAUAGUUCAUUCAUUAUCAGCAUUGUAUUUGGAAGGAUCCACUAUAAUCAGGUAACACUUAGAAUAGUCUUUCAGCAACUUCAGCAUUUUUGUGCAAAAAAAUAAUUCGAUAUACUAGUUUGUACUUUGGCCAUAAUGUGGCAUUGACCAUAUUUGACUGUAGCUGUGCGAAAGACACAAUAUAAUAUCUUUAGUAUGUCAUUCCAUUUGUUAGUAAACCAAUUCUAGUCUGGGUUUCAGACAAAAAGCAAGUCUGCAAUGUCGGUUCAGGAGUUGGGGGGAGCGGCUUCAUUUAACUUGGUCACAGUCAAAGGCACAUUUAGGAUGGCUAAAAAGGCACAUUCUAGCCCUGCUUCUACCAAGUAAUCCAAUUUGGCUCAUGUGGUUGUGCAAUGUGUACACACAUAUUGUGAAACGUUAUUUCAUAACUCAUUCACUGCCAGUUGUUUUCAAGGAAGCCAACCUUAUAUUUCAAGCUAUUUUUUUCAACAUGUUGACUGAUUUUGUUUUCAAGAUCCACCAAAUAUUGCAUUCUACAACUCCACAUACAAGAAUAUGCUUUUCUUUUGCCAGGAAAAAAGAACAUAUGUAUGGUUUUAGAUUGCAUGUUUUAGAAAAUGUAGCUGUUCCUCUCAAAAAGUGGAGAAAUGUUGUAUUGUGAAACAAAACAUAUGAAGCAGAAUUAAUGUCAGUCACAGGCACGGUUGCCAGAUCAGAAAGACAGUCUCCAGCCCAAUCACAUCAUUAAAAAGGCCCAGUUCAAUGGAAGAAAAAAAGGGGGGAAAAAAAAACCCCCAGUCAAAAUUACAACUUCCCGUUCAUGAUAAAAGGUUUCCCUUAUACAACUCUGUACUCUUUAUGUUUUCGUUUUAUAAGUUAUAAACAGUAUGAAU